AUCGAAACCCUCAGUUAUCGGAGCUCUAGCUUCUUACUCUGUCUAAAACUCUCUCACUCAGGAAUGGCGCUCAGAAAAGCGCUAGCCAAGCGCUCAUUUGAAGCCGUGAGAGUGACGACGUCUCUGACGCCAUUGUCCGUCGUCGUUCCGGACCACCAAACCAUCGUCCCACCUAAUGCAGCGCAGGUGAACUUCCACAGGGAGUAUCUCACCUCAUCGGAACCCUCCGAGAAAGGCUUUUUCCGGCGAUUCUUGCACCACUCCGCCACCAGAAUCCCUGAGUUAUUCUCCCUCCCCGUCGGAGAGAAGCUCCGGGAAAAGAUCAAUGGCUUGAACGUGAACAUGCACAGGAAGGAAGAUCGGCUCCGGCUCGAAGGGCUCAGCCCUCCGCCGGCCGCCGGGGACGAGUCGUUUUACGGAGUAUCUGUGAACGAUGUGAGGAAGAUCAUGAGGCUGUCUCAGGUGCAGAAGCUGAAGGCGAGGCUGAGAGAGGUUCCGGAGAGCUCCGUUUCGUAUUCGGAGUUUCGCCGGAUCUGCGUGGAAGGCUGCGAGAGCGUGGAGCAAGCGGCUGAGUUCGCGAAGCUUCUAGAUGAUUCCGGCAACGUCAUCGUUCUCGGAAAUGUUGUGUUUCUCCAGCCCGAGCAGGUUGCAAAAUCAAUAGAGAGCAUAAUCUCUCAAACCAUGAGCCUGCCAAACGAUCCAAGGAGAAGAGAGCUGGAGCAGCUAGAGAAGCAAAAGGUGAUAAUUGAUCAAAAGGCCAGGGCCUUGGUGCGAGGUGAACUUUACGGUGGGCUGGGUUUUAUGUUACUUCAGACACUUGGGGCCAUAAGGCUAACCUUUUGGGAGCUAAGUUGGGAUGUGAUGGAGCCCAUUUGCUUCUUUGUGACCUCCAUCCACUUUGCUCUGGGCUACGGCUUCUUCCUCAGGACAUACACUGAGCCCACCUUCCAAGGGUUCUUCCAACGCCGUUUCAAGACCAAGCAGCAAAAGCUCAUGGAGGUCUACAACUUUGAUGUUCAAAAGUACAACCAGCUCCGGAAAGUGUUUUAUCCGAAUUCCGGUAAACCAGUGUCGACGUUUGAUCAUGUAGAGACAACCCUUGUGGGUGAUGUACAUUGAGGAUUAGUAGUGCUUUAUGUCCUAGUAGGCUAAUUAGGUAAUAAACUUAAGCACAUAGAAGGAAGUAGAAGAGAACUUUGGUUGUAGUAUUGGUCGUUUAUGAGAAAGCAACCAGUUGUUUCGUUUGCAAUCUCUUAUGUUGCUAGUACAAAUUCAACUAGUGACAUGUAGGGUUCAAACUGAAAAGGGUUUCAUGCCCUUGCGGAAACUGUUACUUGGCCUAGCUAUUUGUAAGGGGAAUUUGAGAUCCGAUCCUUUGAAGUGAUCCGGUUCUCAUGUAUUAUAGACUGUACAGUAAAUAAAAUUGCAUCUGUGUACAACG